AUGUCGACAAGCUCUUCUUUCUCAUCCACUGCGUCUCUGCCGACUGCCACGGCCUCGGUCUGUCCUUACAUCGACGGCACUAUUUACACGGACUACAACGGCCAGCAAUACCAGAUCACGUGUGGAGGUAACUAUGGCGGUCCUGCGACUGUCAUUCGGGCUGCAAACUUCGAACAGUGCAUGGAAUCCUGCGACAACAGUCUUGGAUGCGCCGCGGUAACGUUUGAUGGAGGAUAUCCAGCGGGCAAUGGCGAGGGCAACUGCUAUAUCAAGCAGUCGGGCUGGACCGUUGCAUCAAGCACAUCCGCCAAUGCUGCAGUACGCGUUGCUGGCGCCGUCGUGAGCCCGGUCUCCUACAUCAGCAGUGCCAGCUCAUCGUCAAGCCUGGUGGCCUCUGUAUCAGCCAUUUUCUCGACGUCGGUCACGACCCCUGGACAGACUGUUUCCAGCUUGUUGCCGCCAUCGUCCUCAUCUGGCACAGCUUCUUCCGCCGUCGCGUCUUCGAGUGUGGUAGUCUCAUCGUCCAGCUCUACGCUGUCCCUGCCAACUGCCACGGCCUCGAGCUGUCCAUACUUCGACAACACAGUCUACACCGACAACAAUGGACAGCAAUAUCAGAUGUACUGUAACAGCGACUAUCAGGGCCCCGCCAGCCAGAUUGUCACAGCAGCCGACUUCGAGACUUGCCUCGAGUAUUGUGACAACACUGCGGGAUGCGGUGGUGUGUCAUUCGACGGAGGCUAUCCAUCCGGCACUGGCUCCGGCAACUGCUAUCUCAAGGGCGCCAACACCUACGGAGGUGUACUUUCCAGCACAUCUGUGAACGCUGCUAUCCGUGUUACCGGUGUAGUGGUGACUCCAACUUCUUACAUGAGCCCGGCUGCAAGCAGCAUGUCGAGCUCUGUGGCUAUGAGCAGUGCGGCGGUGGCCCCGCCUGCAACGUCUUCUAUUCAGCCAGAUUCCAGCGUCGUGUUUUGGAGUAUCGGCUCUCUGGCUUCCUCUUCGUCUUCUUCGGCUCCACUAGCCUACAGCUCGAGCGUCAGUAUGCCAGGAUCGAUGCCUGCAGUACCUUCUUCCGUCGCAAGCAGUAUGGCAUUGAGUAUGUCGUCGACAGCCUCAAUGGCUCCCUCACUGGCUUCCUCAAUGGCUUCCUCAAUGGCUUCCUCAAUGGCUUCAUCAAUGGCUUCCUCGAUGCCCCCUUCGAUGAUUUCCUCGAUGGCCUCCUCGUUGGCGUCCAGCGCCGUCUCCAGCAUUGCCUCUGUUGGUCCAGCAAGCAGCGUGUCAAGUGUUGCUUCCUCUGUGUCGAGCGUCUUGAGCUCUGCUGCCUCGGUGUCCUCCGCAGCUUCAGCCUACUCCAGCAGUUCGGCGGGCCCUAUCCCGACUUCGUCUCUCCCAGCUAGCUCAUCGGCUCCGGGCUCCGCAUCUACCUCUGUCAUUGCGUCCUCUCCCGCAGCCACGACCUCGCGAUCAUCUAUUCCCUACACUUACCCAGCUUCGACGGUUGUAUUCAGCAUCACACGCGCCACGACCACCGCAACAGAGACAGCGACAACGUCCUAUCCUCCGGCACCAAGCUGUCCAACCGAUUCGUCGCAAGUCUGUGGCGAUGACGGCCAGGCUGGAUUGGGAGAUUCCGUCUGUUCGUCGGGCGACAAUUCUCAGGCCUACUCUAUGAAUUGUGGAGUCGCGUAUACUGGUACUACGGUUCCAGAUGACCAGGUCACUUAUCCAAACAGCACGAACAGCACGAGCAGUGCGAACAGCGCGGCCAGUACAGGGCAAGCAAAGAGAGGCAUGCCCAGUCUGCCUUUGAGAUUUGCUGCACCGGAUUACACUUACUGCGCCGCAACUUGCGCUAUUCCGGCGAACAAUUGCACCAACUUCAAUUAUAUUGAUGGGAGUUGCACACUGUUCAGCCAAGUCACUGGCUAUUCGUAUGUGCCUGGGGCCAUCACUGGAGAGGCAGUUCCAAAUCCACCGCCUGAGAUUUUCGCUACCUACACGACGACUACGACUACCUGGAGCACGUCCGCGGUUAUGGCGUCGUCGUACGCACCUGGCCAAGACACCGUCUACAUUGUUUCUACCGCUCCGAACACGUAUUCUCCAUACCCACCUCCAGCCUCUUCGUCUGCUCCGGCGUAUCCGCCAGGCCAAAGCUCACCUAUCUCUUCGGGACCAAUGGUUGUCACGGUCACGCCCGUGCCUUCAUCCAUUGGCUCGUCGUCGGCUCCUGUCUAUCCUGGAAGCUCGCCGGCGCCUAUCUCCUCAGGGUCUUCGUCUCCAGUCUAUCCAGGAAGUUCUUCGGCGCCAAUGUAUCCAGGAAGCUCUUCAGUGCCGUUCUAUCCAGGAAGCUCUUCAGCGCCCGUCUAUCCCGAAAGCUCUUCAGUGCCGGUCUAUCCAGGAGGCUCCUCAAUGCCAGUCUCUCCAGGGGGCUCCUCGGUAAACGUCUAUCCAGCAGGCUCGUCAAGCGCUGGCACAUCCUCUGCCCCGAUGUACCCAGGCGGCUCUUCCUCCGUUCCGACUCAACCAAUAGCGUCUUCUGCUCCGCCCGUGUACCCACCCGGAUCGUCCUCUGUACCAGCCUCCAUGUCCGGUCCUCCUGGCAAUUACGGCUCCAACACUGCCACGGCUCCCACCUCGGCGGCCACCGUCCCUCUCUGCCCUACCUACGACGGGCAGAACUACACCGAUUCGUCCGGCGGUUCCUACGCCGUGCAGUGCGACUCAUCUCUCGUCGGUACGCGCUUCACCUCCUCCGCUAAACGGCAGGACAACGUCGCGCUCCCCGCCGCUUCGUGUCUGGAUGUGUGCGAUCUAGAGGAGGCUUGUCGGGGAAUCACGGUCCUUCCGGGCGGUACGUGUGAAUACUUCUCGGUCAUCACCGGCACGAGCAAUGUUCCCGGAGCGACUUCGCUGCAGAAGGUUGUCGAAAAUGGUGCUUCGGGAGGCGAAUCUUCCGACACGAGUCCGGCGACGUCUGGUGGUGUGAAUGUCGUUACGGUGUCGGUCUGUCGACCACGCACUACGACGAUUACCGCUACUGUUACCAAAAGACCAAGUGCCGCGGCCAGGACCAGGGGCUCGAGGGACUUGUGA